AUGACUUCGUCAAUUAGAGGGAGGGAAAGACGAAGGAAGGCCCACUACAAAUGUUGUCUUCCAGGCCAGAAAAAGGUGAAGGCUUUCAGGGAAACCUUGAAAACCUGGAAGACUGACACCGGCGACGGCGACGGCGACGAUGGUGGCGCUACCCAGCUCCCUUCCGGUUGCCGUACACCAGACGCUGGGAGGUUCUACAUACGGGAGAGCGUGGAAUGCCCGCCGGCACCUAAGAAGAAGACCUUGACCGUACGUUGCCUUCCAAUGAUGAAAUCAACCUUCUUCAGCCCUCCGGAUCUAGAGCUUUUCUUCUCUAUUGCUCUGCGGAAUCUCUCUGGUCGAAGUUUUACAGAUGCGUUUAUUGAAGCCCAUAUUUUCCCUCUUCCUCUCCACGGAGGAAAACACUUCUAG